UAUAACUUUCUCCAGGUAAUUCAUUUGUUUGUAGGCAAAAGUUUCUCUCUCCACCAAGCAUCAGCUCGAUCUCCUCCCUUCCGCCUCUCUUUCUCCUUAAUUUUUACUUCUCAAAAUUUAAUUAGGAACCUUAUUAUAGCAUAAAUUUAGAGAAAGAAGUAGCCUAAAGAUUGUUUCUGAUCCUUCUUUGAUCGCAACAACAUAAUUAAGAGCAUAGUAGGAAAUUAACAUUAACUGAUCAAUGGAGGAAAUGUACGAAUUCGGUUCUAGCAGUAGUACUGGUUACUCCGUCAACGACCAUUUGCAGCCGCCAUAUUUUGGAUCGCCGGCGGCGUUUUGCGAUGGGGUGGUCCCUAUGGAAUUUGGAUCCGGAAAUAUGUCGUGGGCAAGUUCGGAAAUUUCAGCUGCUAAUUCAGUAGUUGAUAAAAGCGGGACGUCUUCUUCUAAUUUACAAGAACAUCAUCAUGACAUGAAUAUUAGAGCAAAGAUCUCUUCUCAUCCUUUGUAUCCUAAGCUUCUUCGUACUUGCAUCGACUGCCACAAGGUAGGAGCGCCAUCUGAGAUUGUUAGUAUGCUGGACAAUAUCAAUAUUGUCCAGGAAGAUGAUCUUUAUAGCUCUCCCUUAAAUCGACUAAGCAACGAUUCUGAGCUGGAUGAUUUCAUGGGAACUUACUGUGAUGUGUUAGCUAAGUUCAAAUCGGAUCUUGAAAAGCCUUUCAAUGAAGCAACUACUUUUCUUAACAAUAUUGAAAUUCAACUUAGCAAUCUCUGCACUGCUCCGGCCACUACAAGCAAUAAUAUCUCAGAUGAAGGGGCGGCGGGGUUGGAGGAGGAGGAGGAGGCGGCGGCGGCUGAUACAAGCGGUGGUGGUGGAAAUACUAAUGAUAUGUGCAGAUCAGAAAAUGAAAUUAAGGAUAAGUUAAUGCGCAAGUACAGUGGAUAUAUAAGUAGUCUAAAGCAAGAAUUUUGCAAGAAGAAUAAGAAGGGAAAACUCCCAAGAGAAGCAAGGCAAAUCUUGCUUAACUGGUGGACUACUCACUACAAAUGGCCUUAUCCUACGGAAGGAGAGAAAGUAUGUCUAGCUGAAUCAACAGGUUUAGAUCCGAAGCAGAUUAACAAUUGGUUCAUUAAUCAGCGAAAACGUCACUGGAAACCUUCAGAAAACAUGCAGUAUGCUGUUAUGGAAAACCUAUAUGGUCACUUUUCUGAUUAAUUUAGCUAGAGGAAAUUAAUAUCUUUCUCGCAAUGUUUCUAAUCAGACAUUUUUAUCUUGCUAACAUUAUAAUUCUAAUUCAUUUACCAUGUCGUG